AUGUCAAACAUCGUGCUGGACAAAGACUGCUUCUUCCGGCGAAUAAAGCGGCUGUAUGCAAACUGGAAGGAUCCGGAAUUCAACCAUGAUGAUUCGCUGUCGAAGGUGGACUGCAUAAUGACGGCGGUCGGUGUGGAUGAGGAAACGUUCUACAGCAAGUCGACGUCACUGCAAACUUGGCUGUUCGGCUAUGAGCUAACCGACACGAUCAGUAUAUUUUGCGACAAUGCUAUCCUGUUUCUUACCAGCAAAAAGAAGAUUGAAUUUCUGAAACAAAUUGAAAAGGAUUCGGAAGACGGUCUGCCACCGAUACGGUUGCUCGUUCGCGACAAGAAUGACAAGGAUAAAGCAAACUACGAAAAACUGUACGAGGCGAUGAAGGGUUCGAAAGCCGGCAAGGCGGUCGGUGUUUUCACAAAGGAUAACUUCCCCGGCGAGUUCUGCGAGAACUGGCGCGCAUUCCUGAAGGAUAAGCAUCUGACCAACGUUGACAUAAGUGUGCCGAUGGGAUACAUAAUGUGCCCGAAGGAGGAUUCGGAACUGUCGACGAUUAAGAAAGCCUGCCUCGUGACGAUCGACGUGUUCAACAAGUAUCUGAAGGAUCACAUCAUGGAAAUUAUCGAUGCGGAUAAGAAAGUGAAGCACGUCAAAUUAUCGGAAGGUGUGGAAUCGGCCUUAACCGAUAAGAAGUACGUUAGCGGUGUGGACACGAAUCAGCUAGACAUGUGCUAUCCGGCCAUCAUUCAAUCCGGUGGCAACUACAGUCUCAAGUUUAGUGCGUUCAGCGACAAAAACUAUUUGCACUUUGGAUCGAUCAUCUGUGCCCUGGGUGCACGAUACAAAUCCUACUGCUCGAAUAUCGUCCGCACGUUACUGGUUAAUCCGACCGACACCAUCCAGAAGCACUACAACUUUUUACUCAACCUAGAAGAGGAACUGUUGAAAAGUCUCGUACCCGGCAAGCGUCUAUCGGACGUGUACGAAAUGGGUCUGGAUUACGCUAAAAAGGAGGAACCGAAGCUGGUGGACAAGCUGACAAAAACGUUCGGCUUUGCGACGGGGCUAGAGUUUCGCGAGAACUCAAUGACGAUCGGGCCGAAGUGUGUGGCCGUCCUGAAGAAGGGCAUGGUGUUCAGCCUUAAUGUGGGGCUGGCCGGAUUAGAAAAUUCCGAAGCAUCCGAUAAGGAAUCAAAAAUGUACGCACUGUUCGUCGGUGAUACCGUGCUGGUGACGGAUGAAUCCCAGGCAGUGGUAUUGACGCAGUCCAAGAAAAAGAUCAAAAACAUUGGCAUCUUUCUGAAGGACGACGAUGAGGAUGAUGAGGAGGAGGAGGAAAAGGACACGGAACAGGCGCCGGAAAUUUUGGGCCGCAGCGGCAAACGCUCGACCGUACUGGAAAGCAAGCUGCGCAACGAGCAAAGCUCGGAAGAGAAGCGCAAACAGCACCAGAAAGAGCUGGCGAUUGCUUUGAACGAGAAGGCAAAGGAACGGAUGGCCAAACAGGCUGGCGGUAAGGAGGCGGAAAAGGUGCGCAAAUCAACCGUCUCGUACAAAUCUGUCAAUCAAAUGCCGCGUGAACAGGAAGUGAAGGAAUUGAAGCUUUUUGUUGAUCGAAAGUAUGAGACGGUUAUCAUGCCGAUAUUUGGUGUUCCGGUUCCGUUCCACAUUUCGACGAUUAAGAACAUUUCCCAAUCGGUUGAGGGAGACUACACGUACUUGCGUAUUAAUUUCUUCCAUCCGGGAGCCACGAUGGGUCGAAAUGAAUCGGGAAUGUAUCCCAAUCCGGAUGCGACAUUUGUGAAAGAGGUUACCUACCGGUCAACGAAUACGAAAGAACCGGGUGAGAUAGCUGCACCGUCGUCCAACCUUAACACGGCAUUCCGGCUUAUUAAGGAAGUUCAAAAGCGAUUCAAGACACGGGAAGCUGAAGAGCGCGAAAAGGAAGAUCUGGUUAAGCAGGACACACUGGUAAUGUCACAAAACAAGGGUAACCCAAAGCUGAAGGACCUCUACAUUCGGCCAAACAUCGUCAGCAAGCGCAUGACCGGUUCGUUAGAGGCACACGUGAACGGUUUCCGGUAUACAUCCGUGCGCGGUGACAAGGUGGACAUACUGUACAACAAUAUCAAGAGCGCAUUCUUUCAACCGUGCGAUGGGGAAAUGAUCAUUUUGCUACACUUCCACCUGAAGCACGCCAUCAUGUUCGGCAAGAAGAAGCACCUGGACGUGCAGUUUUAUACCGAGGUGGGAGAGAUCACGACCGAUCUCGGUAAGCACCAGCACAUGCACGAUCGGGACGAUCUGGCUGCUGAGCAGGCGGAGCGUGAACUACGGCACAAGCUGAAGACGGCUUUCAAGAGCUUCUGCGAGAAGGUGGAAAUGAUGACGAAACAGCAAAUUGAGUUCGACACACCGUUCCGGGAGCUGGGUUUUCCGGGUGCACCGUUCCGCAGCACAGUAUUACUGCAGCCGACAUCCGGCAGCUUGGUGAACCUCACGGAAUGGCCCCCAUUCGUAAUUACGCUGGAGGACGUCGAGCUGGUACACUUCGAGCGCGUCCAGUUUCACCUGCGCAAUUUCGAUAUGAUAUUUGUGUUUAAGAACUACCAGCAGAAGAUCGCGAUGGUGAAUGCGAUACCGAUGAACAUGCUCGAUCACGUGAAGGAGUGGUUGAAUUCGUGCGACAUUCGCUACUCCGAGGGUAUACAAUCACUAAAUUGGGCGAAAAUUAUGAAAACCAUCACAGACGAUCCGGAAGGUUUCUUCGACAGUGGUGGCUGGACGUUCCUGGAUCCGGAAUCGGAAGGCGAAGCUGAAGCGAACAGUGAAACGGAAGACGAAGAGGACGAUGCGUACGAACCAACGGAUGAUGACGAUGAGGAAGAGUCCGAUUCAGAAGAUUAUUCCGAAGCAUCAGAGGACGAUGAUAGUGGCAGUGAGGAAGAUCUCGGUUCGGAUGAAGAGUCUGGCAAGGAUUGGUCUGAUCUAGAGCGGGAAGCAGCCGAAGAGGAUCGUAACCGCGAAAAGGACGAUUAUGUUGAUCGCAACUCGUCGAAAAAGCGGUCCCAUCAUAGCUCGUCCAAGCAUGGCAGCAGUCGGGAUAAGAAUCACAAGGACAAACACAAUGAUAAGCAUCGCAGCAGCGGUGGCAACAGCAAACACAGCAGCAGUAGCAAGCGCUCGCGAGACGACAGUCGUGACAGUAACCACCAUCACAAGAGCAAGAAAUCGCGAAAAUAA